AUGCUCGAUUCUACUUUCUACUCGCGGGCUGUUGAGAACCCACCUCGGAGGAGGCAUUGGUCGGCUGUCGGCGCGGGCCUCGUGGUCCUGCUCGUGACGGCCGCCGUGAGCUUGACCAGCCGCUCUGCCUCUCCGCAACGACUCUUCAUGAGCGACAUGAUCGGCUGUUUUGCAGGGUUUCUUGAAGCACAACCAGGCGACGGGCCGGCGUUGCACUCAGUGCUGGGCCUGCCGGGCCACAUGCACGGCUGUCUCUUUGGCGGCGGCAGCGGCGGCGAGGCUCCGGAGGACUUCAACCCGUCGGAUGAGCUCAAGCCGGCCGCCUCUGAGCCCCACCCCCCACUGCUCAGCCCACCCCCACCAAAAGGGCCUGAGCAGGCCGCGGAGGAAGCAGCGCUGCAAGCUGGUCUGUCGCCCACAGCGGCCAAGGCAGCUGUGAACGCUGCCGCGGAUGCCAUCAAGAUGGGCCUUCCCUCCGAUGAGGCGGCGGCAGUCGCUGAGAUUGCAGCUCAAGCGGCCGAGAAGGCGCUCGAACGUGGCUAUCCGGAAGACAUAGCUCUGCUCACAGGAGAGGCCGCUGCCAAGGCUGUGGAAAGUGGGGCUGUCAGCCCUGACGAGGCUGCGUAUAUGGCGCAGGCCGUGGCGUACACGGCACAGCAAGCGGCCGACGCUGGUUGGAGUCCGGAGGAGGUGGCUUCAGUGGCCAGAGCAACAGGGGCCAGCAUGAUUGCAGAGGCGCUGGCACACCAAGAGGGCGCCGACCCGAGCGACGCAAAGAAUAUUGCGGCGGCGACUGGCGGGGCUGUGAAAGCGGCUUUGGAUGCUGGUCUUUCCCUUGAGGAGGCAGCAGCAGCUGGAAAGGCUGCCUACGAUGCGAUGUCGAAGGUGAGCGACCCCAGCUACGAAGUGGCCAAGCCUGUCUCUGAGGCCGCUGCAGACGCGAUUGCCAAGGGCAUGACGCCUGAGGAAGCGCUGGCAUUGGCGAUGGGAGCCGCUGCCGCCGCCGCUGACGCGCUCGCCGAGGGCAUAGUUCCAAACGAGUUGGCUACGGAGGAGGCAGCACGGGCGGCCGAAGACAAGGCGAUAGCAACUGCUGCCGUCGACGACGCGCUUGCCGAAGCUGCUCGCUCGCUGCCGAACUCCGAGCCGAGCUGCCCGUCCAAGGAGGACCUGUGGUCGAUGGUGCAGCUCUACCACGGCGAGGGCGAGACGGUGCCGGUGACGGCGGAGGUGUGGGCGGGUGCGACGUGGUCGCUCGUGUCUGCAAAGGGCGUCGACGUGUCCGAGUCGACGUACAAGGCGGCCGCCAAGAUGCUGUUCACCUCGCCCGCCUUCGAGAAGGACGGCGACGCCUUCACCGACGCCGGCGGGCUGGCGGCGUGCGACGCGCUGCUGAAGACGGUGCUCUGCAAGGACGUGGCGGCCGCCGAGCGCAGCCUGCCUGGCGGGGACGGCAUGACCGAGGAGCAGAAGGCGGCGGCGGAGAAGGCGGCGGAGCCGGAGGCCCGCUCGGUGGCGUCGUCCGAGCCGAGCUGCCCGUCCAAGGAGGACCUGUGGUCGAUGGUGCAGCUCUACCACGGCGAGGGCGAGACGGUGCCGGUGACGGCGGAGGCGUGGGCGGGUGCGACGUGGUCGCUCGUGUCUGCAAAGGGCGUCGACGUGUCCGAGUCGACGUACAAGGCGGCCGCCAAGCUCCAGUUCGCCUCGCCCGCCUUCGAGAAGGACGGCGACGCCUUCACCGACGCCGGCGGGCUGGCGGCGUGCGACGCGCUGCUGAAGACGGUGCUCUGCAAGGACGUGGCGGCCGCCGAGCGCAGCCUGCCUGGCGGGGACGGCAUGACCGAGGAGCAGAAGGCGGCGGUGGAGGAGAAGCUCGAGAUGGCGCAGUACUUUGGCGAGAACCCCGACAGCCCGCUCAAGGCGAUGGUGGAGCAGGCGAUCGAGGACGGCGUUGCUCUUGUGGACGCCUUCGACGCGGCGCUCCCGGCCUACGAGGCGAUGCUGGACGGCGCGACCGAGGAGGAGAUGCAGGCGGCUUUGGAUGCGGCGCUGGCGGAGAAGGCGGCGGAGCCGGAGGCCCGCUCGGUGGCGUCGUCCGAGCCGAGCUGCCCGUCCAAGGAGGACCUGUGGUCGAUGGUGCAGCUCUACCACGGCAAGGGCGAGACGGUGCCGGUGACGGCGGAGGCGUGGGCGGGUGCGACGUGGUCGCUCGUGUCUGCAAAGGGCGUCGACGUGUCCGAGUCGACGUACAAGGCGGCCGCCAAGCUCCAGUUCGCCUCGCCCGCCUUCGAGAAGGACGGCGACGCCUUCACCGACGCCGGCGGGCUGGCGGCGUGCGACGCGCUGCUGAAGACGGUGCUCUGCAAGGCGGCGGAGCCGGAGGCUCGCUCGGUGGCGUCGUCCGAGCCGAGCUGCCCGUCCAAGGAGGACCUGUGGUCGAUGGUGCAGCUCUACCACGGCAAGGGCGAGACGGUGCCGGUGACGGCGGAGGCGUGGGCGGGUGCGACGUGGUCGCUCGUGUCUGCAAAGGGCGUCGACGUGUCCGAGUCGACGUACAAGGCGGCCGCCAAGCUCCAGUUCGCCUCGCCCGCCUUCGAGAAGGACGGCGACGCCUUCACCGACGCCGGCGGGCUGGCGGCGUGCGACGCGCUGCUGAAGACGGUGCUCUGCAAGGACGUGGCGGCCGCCGAGCGCAGCCUGCCUGGCGGGGACGGCAUGACCGAGGAGCAGAAGGCGGCGGUGGAGGAGAAGGUCGAGAUGGCGCAGUACUUUGGCGAUGUGCUGAAUACGCCAACGUGA